AGGCUGCUGGUUGUCUACCCCUGGACUCAGAGGUUCUUUGAGCACUUUGGGGACCUGAGCAGUGCUGAUGCUGUUAUGAAAAACCCUAAAGUGCAGGCCCAUGGCAAGAAGGUGCUAGCCUCCUUCGGUGAGGGCCUGAAGCAUCUCGACAACCUCAAGGGCACGUUUGCUACGCUGAGUGAGCUGCACUGUGACAAGCUGCACGUGGAUCCUGAGAACUUCAGGCUCCUAGGCAACGUGCUGGUGGUUGUGCUGGCUCGCCACUUUGGCAAGGAAUUCACCCCGGAGCUUCAGACUGCCUAUCAGAAGGUGGUGGCCGGUGUGGCUAAUGCCUUGGCCCACAAGUACCAUUGAGAUCCUGGCCUAUUUCUUGGUGACCAUUGGAAGACCAUAUUUCCCUAGAUUCUAUUUUCUGAACUUGG